AGGCAAAUGUGCAAUACCAACAUGUCUGUGUCUACUGAUGGUGCUGUAAGCACCUCACAGAUUCCAGCUUCGGAGCAGGAGACCCUGGUUAGACCAAAGCCAUUGCUUUUGAAGUUGUUGAAGUCUGUAGGUGCACAAAAAGACACUUAUACUAUGAAAGAGGUGAUAUUUUAUCUUGGCCAGUAUAUUAUGACUAAACGAUUGUAUGAUGAGAAGCAACAGCAUAUUGUGUAUUGUUCCAAUGAUCUUCUAGGAGAUUUGUUUGGAGUGCCAAGCUUCUCUGUGAAAGAGCACAGGAAAAUAUAUACAAUGAUCUACAGAAACUUGGUAGUAGUCAAUCAGCAUGAACCAUCAGAUUCAGGCACAUCUGUGAGUGAAAAUAGCUGUCACCGUGAAGGUGGGAGUGAUCAAAAGGACCCUGUGCAAGAGUUGCAGGAAGAGAAACCUUCAUCUUCAGAUUUGAUUUCUAGACCAUCUACCUCAUCUAGAAGGAGAACAAUUAGUGAGACAGAAGAACAUGCAGAUGAUUUACCUGGUGAACGGCAGAGAAAGCGCCACAAAUCUGAUAGUAUUUCCCUUUCCUUUGAUGAAAGCCUUGCUCUGUGUGUAAUAAGGGAGAUAUGUUGUGAAAGAAGCAGUAGCAGUGAGUCAACAGGGACGCCAUCAAAUCCGGAUCUUGAUGCUGGUGUAAGUGAACAUUCAGGUGAUUGGUUGGAUCAGGAUUCAGUUUCAGAUCAAUUCAGUGUAGAAUUUGAAGUUGAGUCUCUUGAUUCAGAAGAUUAUAGCCUUAGUGAAGAAGGACAAGAACUCUCAGAUGAAGAUGAUGAGGUGUAUCGAGUAACUGUGUAUCAGGCAGGGGAGAGUGAUACAGAUUCAUUUGAAGAAGAUCCUGAAAUUUCCUUAGCUGACUAUUGGAAGUGUACCUCAUGCAAUGAAAUGAAUCCUCCUCUUCCACCUCAUUGCAAUAGAUGUUGGGCCCUUCGUGAGAAUUGGCUUCCUGAAGAUAAAGGGAAAAUCCCUGAGAAAGCCACACCAGAAAACUCAACACAAGUAGAAGAGGGCUUUGAUGUCCCUGAUUGUAAAAAAGCUGCAGCCAGUGAUUCCAGAGAAUCAUGUGCUGAGGAAAUUGAUGAUAAAAUCACACAAGCCUCCCACUCCCAAGAAAGUGAGGACUAUUCUCAGCCAUCAACUUCUAACAGCAUCAUUUAUAGCAGCCAAGAAGAUGUCAAAGAAUUUGAGAGAGAAGAAACACAAGACAAAGAAGAAAUUGUGGAAUCUAGUUUUCCCCUUAAUGCCAUUGAACCUUGUGUGAUUUGCCAAGGUCGACCUAAAAACGGUUGCAUUGUUCAUGGCAAAACAGGACAUCUUAUGGCAUGCUUCACGUGUGCAAAGAAGCUAAAGAAAAGGAAUAAGCCCUGUCCAGUAUGUAGACAACCAAUUCAAAUGAUUGUGCUAACUUAUUUCCCCUAAUGGAC